UGAAUCUAUUAUUAUCAAGACAUCUUUUGAUACUGCACCCAAUCACUUUAAAAUUGGCUUAAACAGACAGGACAUUGGACGAGAAGUCGAAUUCUCAGAUAAUCACACGUCAUGGCAUUUUGACAAUGAGACACUUGAGCUGCAGUACAUCUUGAGUGCAAAGGAGAAGACAGAAUCAUUGAAUGAUCUUCUCUACAGUUUUUCAAAGGAGCCGUGUCCUGUGCGGGGCUGUGCAGCUCCUUCUAAUGAUAAGGUCGAUUACGAAUCUAAUUGGAGGAAUUGGAGUGUCGCAAAUGAUUGGCCUAAGAAACGCGUGCCAGGUUCAGGAGCCAAUGUCACAAUUGAGAGUUCGUGGAGAAUGUAUGUUGAUGUGAGUGAAGUGAAUGUGGAGAAAAUAGAAAUUCAAGGUCAUCUGGAAUUUGACAACAAACGUGAUGUAGUUUUCAAUGCAACUUGGAUUGUCAUUAUUGGAAGUAAUGGCAAGCUUGUAGUCGGUGAAAAGGGUAAGCCGUUUACUUACAAAGCUACAAUUUUUCUAAAGGGCAAUAGGAAAGUGCCAAACUUGGUUUAUUCAAGAAAUGUGAUUGUGGGUUCAAAGGCGAUUGGAGUAUUUGGAGAGUUACAUUUGAAUGGUGAGCAACGCGAUGUUAUGUGGACAGAAUUGAGUCAAUCGGCUGUUGCUGGAGACAGUCAACUGCACCUUAACACUCUCGUCAACUGGAAGGCUGGAGAUGAACUUGUUGUUUCUCCUUCAGGUUACUUGCCAUCGGAAGCAGAAGUUGUCACUGUUCGUUCUGUCUCUAACAAUGUAGUGACUCUUCAACAAUCAUUGCAGUUUGAUCAUGUUGUUGAUCACUUUUUAUCUGGGAAUGAGACAGGCACAGGCAAUAAUGCAUCUCGCUGGUGGCAUGCAAAUGAUGGAGUCCGAAUGGCUUCUAAGGUUGGCAUACUGACUCAGAAUGUGCAAAUUAUUGGUGAAGAAGACAUCUACAAUUCAAUCUCAGUUGAUGAAUUUGGUUGUAGGAUUUUAGUGGGUUCCUAUCAGUACAGACUAGCUGAUCAUACUGGAAAGGCAUUUAUUGACAGUGUGCAGUUUAAAUAUUGUGGUCAAGGCGGUUUCUUUAGUCAGAGAGAUCCACGGUAUGUUGUUGCAUUUAAAAAUGCCUUGGAUGGUUCUGCAGGAUCAUAUAUCAAACACAGCUCUGUCCACACUGCAUUCAAUACGGCAUUUGGAACAUUAGCCAGCAAUUCAAUUGAGUUUAGUGACAAUGUGGUAUACCAUUCUGUUGACUCUAUGUUCAAAGUUAGUUCUCUCAAUUGUACCGUAAAGGGUAAUCUGGCAGUGUUCACAAGAAGCAUUCAGCUUGCAAGGCCAAAAGAUAAGUUUGCAGUUGACUUUCCAGCAACUUUUAACAUUAGAGGAACAGGACAUGUUGUGAAGGACAAUGUAGCAAGUGGGUCUGAAAGGGUUGGAUUCUAUUUUCCUGGAGAGCAGUGUAUUGAUGAUGCAGCGCCUAGAAAAGCUGAUGCUCAAUUUUGGGGUAACUCAGCUCAGACUGGAUUAAUUGGGUUGGUCAUUACAGGCUUGCGUGAGUCAUGCAGUGCAGCAGGGGGUUUUAAAGCUUCUCGACAAUGGGAAUAUGGUGUUUUUUCCUCUACCGCUAGUCGAAUAGCUCUUCGUGAAGUGAUGGUAGCUGUUGGUCACACUGGAUUGUGUUUGAACAUAUUUGGACCUGAUCCAGUAAAACAUCAACUUGACUACAAGUGGAUCAAAGUUGAAGACUCUCUAUUGGUUGGUUCAACUGCAAAGGAGCCAUGUUUUACAUCUACUCCUUCACAUUGUCCUUCUAUUUCUACUGGAGCCCAUGAUCCAAAGCUUGGAAUUAUGAUGGCAUCGUUUGUCAAAAAAAGAAGCAAAAUGAAUGGAUUUGUUCCUUGGCACAAACCAAUGAGUUAUCCCACAAUUGCUGGUCAAGUCAACAUAACAUCAGUCACGUUUGCUCGAUUCAAUAAUUUUCCGCCUUGCCUGCACGGCAGCUAUGUUAUUGCCAAUAACAAGCUGUCUCCAGAUGCCAUGCAUCCUGUUUACUUUAAGGAUACAGGACUUCUUGAUGUUGCCGGUGACAGAACAGCGCGGUUGUAUCCUCCUAAUCCUAAAUGGAUAGUGCAAGAGGAUUGUGUUGACAUGGACUGUGAUGGACCCAAACACUCUAUCAUUAAUGAUGUAGAUGGAAAACUUGUCCAAACAACUGGAGAGAGAGGGUCAAUUAUCCCACGGGCAGAAAUCAGAUUUGAUCAAUCACGUCUUCCAGAAACAAUGCGUUAUUCAGGCGAGAGUUCCAAAACCAGACUUGAUCCAAACUCUUUAAUUGACAAACGUGGUAUUGCCAGAGGAGAUAAUACGACUUUUAAUAGUGCCAUCCCAGGUUGUGUAUGGGUGUCCAGUUGGAAUGCAUACAAAUGCUCGGGGUUGGAUCAUCAAAUGCUCGUGAUUGAGAGCAUGGAUAGUGACUCAGAAGUUAGAAGAGUUUCACCAAUUGCUUUGCACGGUGGCAAUACUGGGAAUGGAACAUAUAUGGAUCUUAUGAAUGGACCCAUGGAUCACGGCUGGUGCACAUACUACACAUGUUUAAAAAGACUGUCCACUUUCUUCAGUAUUGUGGCAAUCGGCACAGAUUAUCAGUUGUGGUUUACAGGCUCAAAUCCUGGUCAUCUUCGAUUUCAUUUACUGAAUACUUAUGGUGGACCAAGUGAUGCACCAGGCCAGGGUGUUCGCUUAUCAAUAUGGUACAAGAACCCACAAAGAAAAGAUGUCUACAAGAGUGGCGUUUACUUGGAACCCGAAAAUGCAAUUUUUCAACCAAAUGGCAAAUCAAGAAGACCAGAUGGAGAUAAAUAUAUUCCGCAGAUAACCAGGCACCACAGUGGAGCCAACUAUUUUGAUCGAGCAAGGAAAACUUUGCACCUGAUCAUCAAAGGAAGUGAACCGGUCGAAGUAACAACACCUCCUGUUGCCCAGGUGUCUCUUAGUCUUGCUCUGGAUUCUGACAGUGUUUUCAAUGCUGACGAUUUUGUAAACAAAUUGGCAUUUUUGCUGGGAAUUCCUGAUUCCAUGAUUACUAUUGUUGAUGUUAUUGCUGAGGACAGCUCGCUGUCUGGGCGUCGUCGACGUGGGCUGCUAACUCAAGCACCCAUGUCAUUGCAGGUGGACAUAGAAAUUGGUAAUCCACCAGCUCCAAAUAUAAGUCAGCCAGAGAUGUCUAGCAUUGACGAACAAACUGAUGAAGGGGGUGGUGGAGAUACAGAUCCUGUGACUGUUGACUCGGAUAAUGUCACAGCAUCCACAGUAGCACCACAAGUGGCAACAGAUAAUGCGAACAUAACAGCUGAUGGUCAGUCCAUUCCGACUGAUGACGAGUUGCAGAGUGAUUAUAUACAAUCAGCACAGCAAUUUCUUAAGGAUAGUGCUGCUUAUGCAGAGUCUGUAAAGGAAGUCAACAUUGUGAACUUACUUGUUGAAGACCUCAUUAACAAGAUUCAAACUGGCCAACUUGAUAUUGAAAAUGCAACUGUAAGCAACGUGACAGUUGCACCUGCACUGCCACUGCCUGAGCCUGUUAUUCCAGCUGUUCCCCCUGGUCUUGAAAAUCUUACCACGAGCUCUGGGGAGAAACUGUUCCCAACUAUCGAUGUUGAGCCUCCUCCUCCUCUGUUGUUUGAUGAGCAGAACAAUGGCUCUCAGCUUCAGUUUCAAAUUCCUACAGCAGCUUUUGUGUCAAGGGAGCCUCCUGCUAUUUCAAGUCAUCUUGUGUAUGUGUCUGUUGUGAUAGAAGAUGCAAGUGGCAAUCCAGUUGAAAAUCUUGGCUUGAGUGCUUCUUGGCACUGUAAUGCGUCGCUUAUUUACAAUAUUGAUGAUCUGGAUCCUCCCAGACUAGAAGGCAUUACAUCAGUUACAUUUCAGCGAGGUGGAUAUGCAGAGUUUACUCGGCUUCGUGUUGAUAAAGCAGCAAAUGGCCUACAGCUAGAAUUUCAUGUGUCUCCUGGAGGAUUUACUGCACGAACACAAACUUUGUUUUCAGUGGUGUCUCCUACCUUGUCAUCUACCGCCCACAAAUUUGUAGAGUUUGUCAUACAAGAGAGCUUUCAACUUGUAAUUGAUGGACCUGGUGGUGUAGAAGGCUUCCGUCAAGCAUUGAGGAAUGAACUCUCAAGAGCUCUUGAUUUAGAUGUAGCACGCAUACUAGUGGAUAUAAAAGAAGGAAGCAUCAUUUGUAGUGUGGCAAUCUUGGAGAAGGCAAGUACUGAUCCUGAUGAUGUGCCGUCUCUUCAGGCAACUGUUUCAUAUUUGGGGAACCUUAUCAAGGCUGGGCAACUGACGAUUACUUUUGGUCUUCAUGAACUGGCGGUUGAUCAGUCAUCUUUUAUGGUUAUCCAAGAUCAAGAUACAGAAAAUAAGGAAGAUUCGAUCGGUUUUCCUACAUGGGCAAUCAUUGUUAUUGCUGUACCUGUUGGAUUUACUGUUGUGGCUUUGAUCAUUUUGUGGGUGAAACUUCGCAAUAGUUCAGGGAAAUCAAGGUCUCAGAAAAAAGUUCACCCAGACAAUCGAUGUGCUGAUAGUCCAAAACGAUCAUGCCCAACAGUUAUGUCUUCUGCCAGCUGUGCAAAUGUUGAUUUUGACAUGGCUAGAGAUAGUUUUGAACUGUCUGAAUUUGGAUAUCACAAUACAGUUGCUAUUGACUACAGUCUUAAAGAGACUCGCUGGGGAACUGCGCAGUAUGAUUCAGUUCCUGAGUAUGACAGAGGUUUGACUCCUGUUGAAAACACAAAUGAACUAGGUUCGAGAAAGAUGCCUUAAUAUCAAGUGAAUUUGGGAAGCAAAACACUUAUCUGGUGCACACUAAACUGUGCAUGUAUUUAAUUUGGUGGAUCAUUUAAGAAGUAUAUGUGCAUUUUGUGAAGUAUGGCUUUAAAUUCAAUUCUGAUGUGAUCUUUUUAUCUAUGUACGUUUGAAGUUGCUUGUCGAUUGCAAACGAAUAUUAUGGAGAGUUAUAGUGUUUUAGUAUGCAUUGAUGUGUAAUUGGCUAUUUUAUGUAUAAUUGUCUAGUUAUGUAAUACA